AUGGCUGACAUUGAAUUAGUCGCCCUUUUUCAAUCAAUAGGCCUGACCGAACAGCGAGCAAAAGACACUGCUAAAAAUAAAAAACUUGCGCCAACUUUGAAAACGACUAUCACUGAGGCUGGAUAUGCCGAAGGCGGUUGUGAUAAAAUUGUGGGCGAUCUACUUUAUGCGCUUGCUUCAACUGCGAGUAAGGAUGCGACGACGCAUUUGGGAUAUCUUGCACGCGCCAUUAGUGGAAACAAGUUAAAGAGUCAAGAUCAGGUUGCUGCUGCCAUUAAGUUUGCUGAGAAUACAACUAGUGAAAUUAAAGACGAGGAAUUCGACAAAGCUUGCGGAGUUGGUGUUACGGUAACUUCUGAGCAAAUCACAAAUUCAAUUGCAGCUCACAUUGAAGCCAUCCGGGACACGCUUAUUAAGGAGAGAUACAAGUUUCUGGGACCUUUACUCGCACAAGUGAAACAGAUUCCAGAAUUACGAUGGGCAAAUGGCAUCGAUGUAAAGAAUGAGUUGGAGAAACAAGUGGUUGCGAUAAUCGGUCCCAGGGAUGAAAGAGAUUUGGUAGUCAAGGGAAAAAAAAAAGACAAGGAUUCUAAACCAGCUCAAUUAAAAAGUCAAAAGGAAAAUUUACCAUCAGCAUCUGAAUCAAAAAAGGGCUCAAUACCUAACAUGUUUUUAGAAGGCGAGCUCGCAAAGCUUCAUAAACCUGGAGGCAACAAACAGAUCAAACCUGAAUUGAUGGAAAAACACCUUAAGGAGACUGGUAGUAAAGUGCUAACUAGGUUUCCCCCCGAGCCUAAUGGUUUUUUACAUAUUGGCCACGCGAAGGCUAUCAACGUAAAUUUUGGAUAUGCCAAGGCACACAACGGUUUAUGUUAUCUCAGGUAUGAUGAUACGAAUCCCGAAGCCGAGGAUGAGGAGUAUUUCAUAUCCAUAAAGGAAACGGUAGAAUGGUUAGGGUUUGCACCAUGGAAGAUUACAUAUUCUUCGGACUAUUUUGAUCAACUAUAUGAGUUAGCAAUCGAGUUGAUAAAACGCGAUAAGGCUUAUGCUUGUUCGUGUACUCCCGAGGAGAUGCAUGAAAUGCGUGGUGGGGACAAUGGGGGUGAACGGAGAGAAUGCGUGCAUCGCAAUCGUCCGAUCGAGGAAUCAUUAAUGGAAUUUCAAAAGAUGAAGGAAGGUCGAUAUAAGGAAGGUGAAGUUACCCUUCGUAUGAAGAUGGACAUGCAAAGUGGGAAUCCCCAAUUUUGGGAUCUCGUUGCAUACCGUGUUUUAUACACCCCGCACCAUAGGACUAAGGACAAAUGGUGCAUCUAUCCAACCUACGAUUACACUCAUUGUCUGUGUGAUUCUUUCGAAAACAUCACUCAUUCAUUGUGUACUCUCGAGUUUCGUAUGUCACGGGAAUCAUAUUAUUGGCUUUGUGAUGCGCUUGAAGUCUACAAACCCGUCCAAUUUGAAUACAAUAGGUUGAACAUCAACAAUACCAUCAUGUCAAAACGUAAAAUCGCGAAACUUGUUAACGAAGGAUACGUUAGAGGAUGGGAUGAUCCUCGAAUAUACACCCUUCCCGCUCUGCGUAGACGUGGAGUACCACCACAAGCGAUCAACGGUUUUGUUCAAGAUCUAGGUGUCACAACCUCAAAUUCAACAAUUCAGGUUUCACGUUUCGAAAAAUAUGUGAGGGACUAUUUGGAUGUUCAUGUGCCGAGAUUAAUGGUAAUUGUAGAGCCUCUUAAAGUAGUAAUAGAAAAUUUGCCGGAUGACUAUCUUGAGGAAUUAGUUAUUCCUUUCAAACCCAAAGAUCCUGCCAUGGGUGAGGUAAGCCAGAAAGGAUUGUUUAAGUUCAUAUACAUUGAUAAAUCCGAUUUUAGGGAGCACGAUUCUCCUGAUUAUUUUCGUCUUGCCGUGGGAAAAUCAGUUGGUCUUCUACAUGUACCACAUUGUAUUACAUGUGUUGAUAUUGCAAAAGAUUCUGAGGGGAACAUUACGCAUCUGAUCUGCCGCUAUGAAAAUGGAUCUGAUGUUAAGAAACCCAAAACUUACAUUCAAUGGGUGGCUGAAUCUGCGAAGCAUAAGUCACCUAUUUGUCUUAACGAAGUCCGAAUUUACAACAACCUUUUUUUGUCAGAAAAUCCUGUCGCACACCCUGAUGGUUUCUUGAGCGAUAUAAAUUCAAAUAGUCUUGAAGUCGCCUCGAAUUCAUUGGCUGAAAUCGGAUUACGUGAAAUUAUUUCGCGCUCGUUUGAAAAAUCAAGGAACGAGUUUGAGUCAGUUCGAUUUCAAGCUAUCCGCGUUGGAUAUUUUUGUCUCGACAAAGAUUCUCAAUUAGGAGAUCAGGGAAACGAAUUAUCAGACAAAUUUGUACUUAAUAAGAUUGUUUCCCUGAAGGAAGAUCCCAAAAAGAAUUAA